AUGGUCACACAACUGCAACAUACAACGCCAGAGCAGGACGCCCACCAGAGGCUGCGCGAGUCCGUACAGCGCAUCGUCCUUGAGGAAACUCAGGGCGGCAGGCGCAUCGUCCGCAGCGUCGUCACCAUCAUGGAGGGCGACGCGCCCGGCAGCACACCCUGGCACCAGCUCGAAGCCGCAAAGUUCCUGCUGAAGCUCGGCUUCGAGGACGCCCGCGAAACUCUCGGCAGCAUCCACAAGCAGGGCAGAAAAACUCCUCCCGCUUCUCAGUCCGUCAUUCCCGCGCAGGCGGGAAUCCAGGGGUGGAGUGGUGCGCCAGGUGAGGGUGACUCACAACAAUCCCACAUCAACCCCGAGCAGGUAAAGCUGAACAAGAAGCUCGUCCGCCACAUCCGCGUCGACACCGGCGACGGCACUUCUAUGGUCAAGUUCCUCAUAGAUGUCGUAGAAGGCAACGAGCCUGAUGCAAGAGUCCGAGACAGGAUUGAGGCAGCCAAGGUGCUAUUGCAUCUCUGCUUCGACAACCCCGCUCAGCCCGACCCUGAGUUCAUGAUGUACUACGCGCCCUGCCACCCCGACUGCCUCUGCGUCUGCAAGGACCUCCCCGAAGACCACCCGGAAGUCGUGCAGGCACACACCCCUCCCACCGAAGAGCAGCGCGAGCAGUGGGCAGGGGAGGCGGAGAUGAUGGAGCGGGCAGCGGAAUCGGCGGAGCUGAAAGCGGCACAGAAAGCCAGGGCAGACAAAGACUGGAAGCUCCAGCAGUACCACUCCCCGGAUACAGUUGAGGAAAGGCGCCUCGAAAGAGAAGAACUCCGCAAGAAGCGUCAGAUCAGGCGCGAAGAGGAGCAGGAGCACGACCAAGAGCGCAGGCAAGAGAUGGAACUAGAGCACAAGCAAGAGAUGCAACUGGCGCGCGAGCAGGAGCUGGAAACGGUGCGCCGGCGCGAGCGCCUAACCGAUGAAGAAGCCAGAAGUGAACGCGACCUCGAGCACCAGCAAGAGCUCGAACGAGACCACGAGCGACUGCAGGCAAUAACACACGCCCGCAGCCCCUAG